AUGCCACGUCCUGAUCUAGCGGCUCUUAACAUUCAUUACCGCCGCAUACCUGUCCUUGCGAUCGGACGAGAUAUAUACUUCGACACUGUCCUUAUGUUGGAAAAGCUUGAACAACUGAUUCCCGGGAACACGCUGGGUGCAAGAGACCCAACGCAGCAAGCUUUGGAGAAGAUGCUUGAAAAAUGGGUUGAAAAUGCAGUCCAACAAUCAGUUGUCGGCUCACUGCCCUCUAUCUUCUUCGAAAAUGAGCAGAGGGUAAAGGACAGGCGACAGUUCUGGGUGACAGAUAUUAGCAUCGAGGGUCAGGAAAAAAGACGACCACAGUCUUUGGUAAACAUGAGGAUGCACUUCAAAAUUCUGGAGAAACUUUUCUCUGACGAUAGGCAUUGGGUCCUCUCUACCGAUAAACCAGGGCUUGCAGACAUUCAUGUCGCGUUUGCCCUUGAUUGGAUUCUCGGCAUCCCAGAGGCUCUCCCAGAGCGAUUUGUCUCGGAUGAAUUCCCAAAGACAUUUGACUAUCUCAAGCGGUAUAAUAGAGCGAUAGCUACCGCGAACAACCAGUGCCUAAAACGAGAGUCUCUCGCGGGUCCAGAUGCUGUCAAGCUGAUAACUGAAAGCGAUUUUGUGGAGCCAGAGGGUGAUGUCGAACAUGAUCCUACCUUGCUUCAGAAGGGGCAAAAGGUUGCUUUGUCGCGCACUGAUGAAUCGGAUUUUUCACGUUCAGUGAACAGGGACUUGGGCACGCUUUUGGCUCUGACGCCACAAGAGGUGGUUAUUGCAACAGAAGUCACUUCUACAACUCCGGAGAUUAGACUUCAUGCACCGCGGUGGGGAUUUGCCGUAGAAAGUGUUGCCUGA